AUGGCCACCCCCGGUGUUCUCGCUUUUGACGCUGAGGGUCGGGCCAUUGACUUUAAGGUCUGGGUAGAUGACCUGCAGCUUUUCCUACAGAGCGAUAGGGCAAACGAUCUCUCCCUCUUUGACCUCACCUCUGGUGCCUCCCCUGCCCCUGCCGAUGCCGACGCCACUGUUCGCUCCCAGUGGGCCACUCGCGAUGCUGCUGCACGUCUUGCUGUGCGUCGCCACCUGCCUACCACUGAGCGCGCACACUUUAGUCAGUACAAGAGUGCUCAGACCUUGUACGACGCCGUAGUUACGCGCUACUCUUCCCCUGCCAUUGCUGCACUGAGCCGCCUCAUGCUGCCGUACCUCUUCCCUGACCUUGCUGCCUUUCCCACAGUCGCUGACCUCAUUACGCACCUCCGCACUAGUGACACUCGCUACCUCGCUCCGCUUCCUGCUGAGUUCUGCGCCAAGAACCCCCCCCCCCCCCCAU